GAUAGAGAGAGAGAGAGACACUGAAACUUAUUUUACAGAGAGAGAGAGCUUUAAGAGAGAAGAGAGAGAGAGAAAUGGCGUCUAAGCUCUGUGAUUCGUGCAAAUCGGCGACGGCGGCUUUAUACUGUCGACCAGACGCAGCGUUUCUAUGCCUAAGCUGCGAUUCCAAAGUCCACGCGGCGAACAAACUCGCGUCCCGUCACGCGCGCGUCUGGAUGUGCGAGGUUUGUGAGCAAGCACCGGCUCACGUCACGUGCAAAGCUGACGCUGCCGCGCUUUGCGUCACGUGCGACCGUGACAUACACUCUGCUAAUCCCUUAGCUCGUCGCCACGAGCGCGUUCCCGUCACGCCGUUUUACGAUUCCGUCUCCAGUGACGGUUCCGUUAAACACACGGCCGUUAAUUUCCUUGACGACUGUUACUUCUCCGAUCUUGCUGGUAACGGGAGCCGCGAAGAGGAGGAGGAAGAAGCUGCUUCGUGGCUGUUGCUUCCGAAUCCGAAGGCUAGUGCUGCGACUGCUACUACGACGACGGCGAUGGUUGCUGGUACCGCGGCUGAGGAGGUUCCGGGAGAUAGUCCCGAGAUGAACACGGGUCAGCAGUACUUGUUCUCGGAUCCGGAUCCGUAUCUGGAUCUGGACUACGGGAAUGUUGAUCCGAAGGUGGAAUCGUUGGAGCAGAAUAGCUCCGGCACCGAUGGUGUUGUUCCGGUUGAGAAUCGUACUGUUAGGGUUCCGACGGUGAAUGAGAAUUGCUAUGAGUUGGAUUUCACCGGAGGAUCUAAGGGCUUUGCUUAUGGUGGUGGUUACAAUUGCAUCAGUCACAGCGUCUCAUCAUCGUCGUUGGAAGUGGGAGUGGUGCCAGAUGGUGGCUCAGUAGCUGAUGUAUCAUAUCCUUACGGUGGUCCGGCAACCAGUGGAGCUGAUCCGGGGAGCCAGAAGGCAGUACCGCUGACGUCGGCGGAGAGAGAGGCGAGGGUAAUGAGGUACAGAGAGAAGAGGAAGAACAGGAAGUUUGAGAAGACGAUAAGGUAUGCUUCGAGGAAAGCGUAUGCGGAAAUGAGACCGAGGAUCAAGGGGCGGUUUGCGAAGCGGACGGAUACGAGCGAGAGCAACGAUGCGGUUGGCCAUGGCGGUAUCUUUAGUGGGUUCGGACUUGUACCUACGUUUUAGGUAUUGAGUGAAAGGAGAGAACGAGAGAAAGAGAGAGAGGUAGACUCUUAAAAAUGGUUACUUUGGUGUUUUGUUUUUAGUGUAAUAAAGGUUUUUUAACGAACGUUUUAUUUAAAACGAGAUGUUUGUUUUUGGUUGAUGAGUUUGUUGUGGGAGAGAGGAUGGAGAAUUGAGUGGGUGGUGUUUAUAUGUAACUUUGUUUUUGUAUAUAUCAUGUGAUUUUGAAUA